GUUAAAGAAUAUGUUAAAAUUACCUAACAACAUUUGACAACACACGCGAAUUAGGGAUAGAAAAAUAAACCCGGCCGGAAUAAGGUGAAAAUGCAUACGGAUCUUUCCGCCCAUCUGCACACGCCCGCUUGCAACAAGUUGAUCGAGGAACUCCAGGCCUGCCACGAAAAUAACCCCUUCGCCAAGUUUGUGGGCGUUUGCAAUUCCAUUGACGACAAGGUGGUCAAGUGUCUAAAAGGCGAAAGGAUUGCCCGUUCCGCGGCAAACCGAGCUAAAGCUCGCGAACGUCAGGCUAAAUACAAGGAAAAAUUGCACCAAGAAGAGGCUAAUUAG